UGGCACCGGUACCAGCGUUACCCGUGUUUUCUACAAAACUUCACUACCUUACCGCACGCACGACUCAUAGCACUGUCUGCACUCUUGACGUUAAUCAACUCGUGCUUGAAUCGUAGCACAUCUUCUUAUAUCUAGAAGGAUGGCUCAUGAACGCGUUCCGUUGGACAAAUUCCAGGAAGUGUUCGGAGGGACAACAGAGCUCUCUUCAGUCGCUCUGGGCGGGAAGGUCCUUUCCUUCUCAGACGAGUUCUUUGCCGACGCGUCCAACCUGCUCAAAAUCGAGCCCUCGGCGAGCUUGAAAGGUCAGUUCGGACCCAAAGGGUCUUUGUUCGACGGUUGGGAGACACGCAGGCAUAACCCCGCCCAUGACUGGGUCGUAAUUGCCCUCGGUGCACCGGGGACGGUGUUGGGGUUCGACCUCGAUACGGCGCACUUUAAUGGGAACGAGGCGCCUGCUGCUAGCGUACAUGGGUUUUAUAGCAACGAUGGGAAGAUCCCCGGACCGGAGGACGAGGAUUGGGUCGAGAUCCUCCCCAAAGCGUCGCUCGGCCCCUCUUCCCGCCACCUGUUCCUCCUGCCGUCCGCCUCCGGACCAUAUACCCACCUCAAGCUCUCGCAAUACCCCGACGGUGGGAUCGCCCGUUUCCGAGCGUACGGUAGCGUCUCCCCUCUCUUCCCCUCCAAUCCCCAAACCCCCUUGGACCUCGCGCACGUCCUCUCAGGUGGGCAGGUUGUCAGCGUCUCCGACGCCCAUUUCUCAAGAGCGAGCAAUAUCCUCCUCCCUGGGAGAGGGUAUGAUAUGCGCGAUGGGUGGGAGACGAGGCGGAGCAGAGAAAAGGGACAUACGGAGUGGGCGGUGAUUAGGCUUGGGGCGCCGGGGUACCUCACCCAGGCGGAGGUUGACACUGCUUUCUUUAUCGGCAACUUCCCGGAAAGCGUGGAGUUGCUUGCGACGUCCAGUGAUGCUGUGGUACCAGAAGAAGACGCUACCUGGACAACCAUCCUCCCCCGCACGAAAACAGGCCCAAACAAACAACAUUUCUUCAAGCUAGAGAACGUGGAGGGGCAAGUAUAUUCGCACGUAAAGGUAGUGAUGCACCCCGACGGGGGGAUGAAACGCGUUCGUCUCACAGGGACGCGAUACGUCCCCGGUUACCCGCCGCCUUCAUUAUCCAGAGCUCUCCCCGCACUUCCUGCCCUUCCUGCGCCGUCAGAAGUACGCACUAUCCCUGCCGAACCCCUUACGAGCGCAGCCUUUGCCCCCUUCGGGCAGGUCCUCCAGGCCUGGGCGGACCCGGCGAACGCACCGGAAGGCAUCGUCCAUACCCUAGCUAAUGGCGGCACCGCAGUGAAGUACCACCGACUUGCUCCAAUCACCUCCUCCUACCCUGAAGGAAGCGCCGCCUUCACGGGCAUAAGCGUGUACAGGAGUACACCAGCGGAGGGCGCCGUGCUCGGAGCGACUUGGCCCGUCAAGGUGCUGGAGAGACAUCCUCAUACGAACCAGGCGUUUAUCCCUAUGGGAAGAACGGCGCAUCCGGAGGGAGAGGAGGCGCUCUCCCCGAAUGGGUACUACCUUGUUGCUGUGGCGGAAACUGGGGAGGACGAUAAGCCCAAUCUGAGCACUCUCAAGGCUUUCGUCGCCUCCACUUCACAGGGGGUGAUGUAUAACCAGAACACCUGGCACCACCCGAUGUGUGUCCUAGGCAGUGCGAUCGACUUUGCGUGCAUCGAGACGCAGAUUGGGACGAAGAGCGAAGGACUGGACUGCGAGAUCGUAAGGUAUGGGGAAGGGGAGGUUGGAGUCGCGGUGCAGAUUCCCCAAUUGUGAGGAAUUGGUUUGAGUUUGUCAACGGUGGAUGGUUGGAGGCAUAUAUGCUCCGAAACAUGUUUUUUUUUGUUGUUUAGGCAAGAGGAAAUACGGAAAU